AUGGCUACCGAAAACGGCAAGGACACCAUGCCGAUGAUAUUUCCGUGGUUGCGGCUCGAGGGGCUGCAGGACCCCAAGAAAUGCCUCGUCGACGGAGGGAACCUUAUUGCAGAGGCACCGGCUCUGCUGGAUGAGGUUCGAAACAAGCUCGAAGACAACGAGAGAGUGCUAAGGCUUGACAGGCCCCGCCCUCUCCUCCUGGACAGCGAGGACGACACCACGGGCUACGUACUGUUGAUACGAUUCAAGGAGGUGGACACGUCUCUGGGUCACGAGGGCGAAGUGAAAGAGGAUACAGCAGCGUCCACUGAGCAGAUGUGA